AUGGUCAACUUCUCAACUCUCUUCCUCGCGGCUUCGACUGCAGCACUUGCUGCUGCUGCCCCCAGCAUCGAGAAGCGUCAGACACUCACCAGCAGUGCCACCGGCAUCCACAAUGGCUACUACUACAGCUUCUGGACCGAUGGCCAAGGCAACAUUCGUUUCAACCUUGAGAGCGGUGGCCAGUACAGCGUGACAUGGUCUGGAAACGGCAACUGGGUUGGCGGCAAAGGCAGACCCAACGGCAACUCCUACCUCGCAGUCUACGGCUGGACCCGCAACCCGUUGAUCGAGUACUACGUGGUCGAGAGCUUCGGCACCUACGACCCGUCGACAGGCGCCACCCGCAUGGGCAGCGUGACUACCGACGGCGGCACCUACAACAUCUACCGCUCGCAGCGCGUCAACGCGCCCUCCAUCGAGGGCACCAGCACCUUCUACCAGUACUGGUCUGUGCGCACCGCCAAGCGCACCGGCGGCACUGUUACCAUGGCCAACCACUUCAAUGCUUGGAGGCAGGCUGGUCUGCAGCUGGGUACCCAUGAUUAUCAGAUUGUUGCUACCGAGGGUUACUACUCGUCUGGCUCGGCGACUGUCAAUGUUGGCGGCAGCGCUACUGGUGGCGGCAACAACGGCGGCGGCAACAACGGCGGUGGCAACAACGGUGGCGGCAACAACGGCGGCGGCAACGGUGGCGCGAACUGCUCUCCUAGGUGGGGCCAGUGCGGCGGCCAGGGCUGGACCGGCCCGACCUGCUGCCAGAGCGGCUCGACCUGCCGCUUCCAAAACAACUGGUACUCUCAGUGCCUGUAA